GCUAGUUUACGGGCCGCCGCCAUUUUAGGAUUCCAGAGGGUGGUACGCUCUCCGAUUAGAAAUAUUCUACUUAAUGCUAACGUCCUGUGUAUGUAUCUCCAAAAAUCAGAACUGAAGAGGCACAGAAGAUCAGCGUAAAGUCAAGAUGACUCAGUUCCUGCCACCGAACCUGCUGGCGCUGUUUGCCCCCCGGGACCCCAUACCCUACCUGCCCCAGCUGGCGAAGCUACCCCACGAGAAGCACCACAAUCAGCCAUACUGUGGCAUCGCGCCUUUCAUCAAACACUUUGAGGACCCUAGAGAUGCCCCCCCACCCACCAGAGCUGAGACCAGGGAGGAAAGGUUGGAAAGAAAGAGACGGGAGAAGAUUGAGAGACGACAAGCAGUUAUGGAGACUGAACUGAAGAUGUGGGACCCUCAUAAUGACCCAAAUGCCCAAGGAGAUGCUUUCAAAACUCUGUUUGUUGCAAGAGUGAAUUAUGACACAACAGAGUCCAAAUUGCGUCGUGAGUUUGAAGUCUAUGGACCGAUCAAAAGGAUCUACAUUGUUUACAACAAGAGGACGGGCAAACCCAGGGGCUAUGCCUUCAUAGAGUAUGAGCACGAGAGAGACAUGCACUCGGCCUACAAACAUGCUGAUGGCAAGAAGAUAGAUGGGAGAAGGGUUUUGGUGGAUGUGGAAAGAGGACGGACAGUUAAAGGAUGGCAUCCUCGCAGGCUUGGUGGAGGUUUGGGUGGCACAAGGAGAGGAGGUGCUGAUGUGAACAUCAAGCAUUCAGGAAGAGAUGACACUUCUCGCUAUGAUGAGAGGCCUAUAGGAGGGGACCGCGAUCGCGACAGGGGUGGUGACCGCCGUGCAGACCGCAGCCGAGAGAGGGAUCGCGAUAAGGAUCGUGGGGAGAGAAGGCGUUCAAGGUCCAGAGAGAGACGUAGGCGAAGCUCGCGCUCCCGAGAAAGAGAGAGGGGAGACCGUGUGUCUGGGGUAGUAGGUGUUGGGGAUGACAGUGGGAACAGCAGGCGGAGGGAGAGAGAGAGGGGUGCAGGUGGUGACAGCAGGAGCAGAGAGAGGAGCAGGGAUAGGGACAGGAAGAGGAGAAGUAGAAGCAGGGACAGGAAGAGGGAGAGGGAGCGUGGCAAGGUAGGUGGAGAGGAAGGGGGAGAAGGUAUAUUAGGCCUACCUGAUGGCAUGGGAGAGGGGGGAGAGCGAGCACUAGAUGACCCCAAUUCUGGAGACCUGGGCCAUCCAGGUCGGGAUGAGGGAAGCAUGGAGGGAGAGGAGAGGGGGAGGGAUCGAGGAGAAAGGGAUCGAGAGAGGGACAGAGAUAGGAGGCGUAGUCACCGAGACAAAGACAGGGACCGAGACCGAGAGAGGAGGAGGGGUGAUAGAGAGAGGGACAGAGAACGAGAGCACAAGAGGGACAGGGGAGACCGAGACAGGGGAGACAGGAGGGAUGAAAGACAGUUGGCCCCACCUUCCAUGCUUCCCCCCUCACUGGUUCAAGAUGGGGGCAGCAACAGUGGAGACAUGCCAAUGCCAGAGGAAAGCAGUCAAGAUGGGAUGAUGGAUCAGGAGUCAGUGCAGUCUGGGGAGGGAUAUGUGUCAAAUGAAAAUGGCUACAAAAUGGAGCCACAGGUGGAAGAAUACUGAGAGAAGGUAUGGUAACAGACUCCAGUGUUCACUGAUCCUGCAGCCUGUGGUGUAUGAUACCUUCACAAAUGGCAGUGUUUAAUUUGAAUCUAAAUUUUUCCGUACAUCCAUUUUUAACAUGUAGAACGACAGAAGAUACAGUACCGUUAGCAGUGUCAAAUAGGUUGCUGUAAAAACCUGGUUUAAACUUUUGAAUGGGAAAAAAAAAAAAUCUUAUCUGGAACAAGGAGAAGCAGGUAAUUCGGUGUUAAGAUUUAUGUCCAGCGUUUAUCCUACUGCUGAUGUUAAUCCUUGAAAUACAUACUUUUAAUUGUACGUUCCAGAUGAGUUCACACAGAAAUGAUAAUCAGGGAAAGGUUGUUCAGAUACAUUUCUAAUAUCUAAAUGUUGCCUUGACUUGAUGGUAUUGAACUUGAUGAUAUCAUGAAAUUGGAUUUAGGAUGAGGGGUUCAAGGAUUUAAGAUAUUCAGACUCCCAGGAAGGCCCUGUAUGAACAUAAUGUACUGCUGUGGCCAGUGGCUUAACUCUGUUUUUGAGGGUAGCGUAGCCCUAGUGUGCAUCAGUCAUUUGUUGCUAAAUUCAUUUGUUUCUACACAUAAGUAUGCCAAAGCAGUUUCCAAAUUGUAAAGUUCACCAAGUGUAAUUUGACAAACAGUCCUGUAAUUCUUAGUUCUAGUUUUCUUCUACAUUGGACAGUGUAACUUGGGUUCAAUUUUGUUUUCAAGUUUCAAGGACUUAAUGAUUUGUUGCAAUUAUGUAUUUAUUAGGCUGUGUUAGUAAAGCUAAGUACACUGUUAGAUUUAAUCUUAUUACCGAAGUUAGAACCAGUAUGACAUGUAGUUCUACCUGUAAAGAAAGUCACUUUCUUUUUUUGGGGGGGGGGAUGAAAAGAACAGUAAUUGGUUAUAGUUGCAUUUAAUGUGCAACUUUUUUUUUUUUUUU